GAAAGAUCCAGCAAAGAUUUGUUUUCUUCUUACCUGAAUAGGAAGAGCUUUGGUCUCCUGAAUGGACUGAACCCACAGACUCAAUCCCAUUCAAUAACCUCACCUUCCGAAGAUCCAGCCUCCGAGAGACAGUCACCAUGAAUGGAGCUCUUCAGGUCUUCGUGUCCUGCCUGGUGGCUUUCUUGCUCUGCCAGGCCAAACCCUUCAAGCAGUCCGGACUCUCUGACCUCAUGGAAGAGGAUUUCGGAUCCGGAGCCGGAUCAGUUCCCGCGCGUUCUCCUGCUCGUCAGUACUCCUGUCCAGCCAGGUGCCGAUGUCACAUAACAGUGGUUCAAUGUUCCAAUCUCGGUCUCACCAAGGUCCCUGCCUACAUUCUACCUGAUACCACACUGCUGGAUCUCCAGAAUAACAAGAUCAGAGAACUGAAGGAUAAAGACUUCAAAAACCUGAAGAACCUUCUGAUUUUAAUUCUUGUGAACAACAGGCUGCGAAGGAUCCACUCCAAGGCCUUCGCCCCUCUCCAGAACCUGAGGCGGUUAUACCUGUCCAAGAACCUGAUCAGUAGUGUCCCAGACAACAUGCCCAAGAGCCUUGUGGAACUCCACAUAUGUGACAACAAAAUAAACUUUGUGAAAAAGAAACCUUUCGACGGGAUGUCUAACAUGUUUGCACUUGAAUUAAGCAGAAAUCCACUACUGCCGAAAGGGAUUGCCAAAGGAGCCUUUCAAGGGCUGAAAUCUCUGUUUUACCUCCGGAUUACCGAAACUGGACUUACUGAAAUUCCAAAAGACCUACCAAGUUCAAUAUCUGAAAUACAUCUCGACCGCAAUAAAAUUCUUAAAGUGGAGAUGGAUGAUUUUAAAAAUCUCAACACUUUGAUCAGGUUGCGACUGAGCUCCAACAGGAUCCGGUACUUUGCCAAUAGGACUCUCAGUCACAUGCCAAACCUGCAGGACCUCCACUUGGACAACAACAGACUGUUUGCCAUCCCACCGGGUCUGCCCCAGCACAAAAACAUCAUGGCUCUCUAUCUCAAUGACAACCAGAUAGCUCACAUAAAGAGCGGUGACUUCUGCCCACAGGUCGAUGACCCAACGAAAAGUCCGUACAGCAGGAUCAGCCUGUAUGGGAAUCCUAUUCCAUACUGGGAAAUUGAGCCAGAGGUCUUCCGCUGUGCUUUAGAUUGGAUUUUCAUCCAACUGGAACGACCCAACUGA